AUGGAUGUUGAACGUUUAAUGCAAGAUUUAUCAAUUGAUCAGCUACAAAAUAUACAUUCGAAACUUUGCAUAGAAGUGGAAGAGAAAAAAGAAGAAAUGCGACAAAUGGUUGGUCGUCGUUAUCGUGAUGUAUUGGAUGCAUCCAGUUCAGUUCGUCAUGUUAUGCACAUUGCUAAUUCAUUAGUGGAAUGUGUUCAUAUUGUUCGUAACACAAACACUGAUCUUUCAUUUAACAACGAAUAUUCAUUAUCAAGCUCAAAACUUUGUCGAAUAUCAGCAUUAUCAAAGUUUUAUUUGCUGAUCGGUGAAAAUGAUCCGUUAUCAGAUGCAUUUAUAUUGGUGCUUACUGAAAUGCUUCAUCGUAAUUUAUCUACUGAUGUUAUUCAGUCAAAAAAAUUUUCACGUUUGAUUCAUCAUAUAUCACCGAAACUUAUACGAAUACGAUUAAAGCUUGAAGAUGAAUUUAUCAGUGGUUUAGGCAGUUUAUCGACGACGAAUGAGACCUUAAAUCAAUUAGCAGCAAUUGCAAUUCUCAAAAAUUGUUCAAGCAAAGAUUUAUUGGAUAUUUUUAUUGAGCAAAAAAUGAUAACUAUCAAGAAAGCAUUGAACAACUCGUUAUCAUUGAUUGAUUUGGUAUGGCAAGUUCGUCAAAUGUUCGAAUGUUUAAAAGAUAUUUUUGUUGAUGGUCAUUUAGCUAUGGUAUUACAAACAGUUUCCUCACCACUCUGGAUCCCGAAAAUAUUGGAAAAAAUGAUGCGUGAUGACGUACUUUAUUUUGGGAAGUGUAUUAAAGCAGAGAUCACUGAAACAAAUGAUCAUUGCAGGCGACUUAUUCUGACUCCAAUUGAUGAGAAUUUUUUGUUCACACAUUGCAAUUCGUUUUUGGAUACUAUUUGUUCUGCUUCUCAAAAUAUUGUCAAGUUGAAAUGUGAUGUUAUGGAGAGUACUUCUUCAUUGAUUGCUUUUAUCAAGGUUCUUCUGGAAGCUUUUGCUGAGAAAUGGCCAUUGGUUGGUGACAGUACAGCAGUAUAUCAGCGGUUUCUUGGAAAUAUGAUUAUUGAAAAAUUUCAGGAGUUAAUCAUCAAUGAAUUAUCAGUAUUGGAGCAAAAUCUUUUAAAUAAAAUUCCCAAUAUUUCUUGUCAUCCACCGGCUUUAUUCAAGAAACGCUCUCCUAAACUUGAUUCAUUGCUUGCUGCUGGUGUUUCACAAGAAUUGAUAAGUGUUAUCAAAGAAUUUAAUGAUGGUUUGCAUUCUUUAUUAAAUUUUAUCAACGAAUAUGAAAUGAUUGGUAAGGAGGAAACAGUAGGUCAGCUGCAUGAGCAAUUCUCUAUUGCUGUCUUAGAAAUGUUGAAGAGUGCUUAUCUGGAUGUAAUCAUUGAAGAUUGUGCUAAAGAGAAAGAAAUACAAAAAUUAGCCGAAGUAUACGAUGAUCCAUUCAUUUUCAUAUCAUAUUUGCAGGAAUUUGAAAAAUUGGAAUUACCAGAAGUUGGUAUAGUGGAAAUACCUGUACAAAUUAGUCGAAUUUUAUACUCUUUUCUAUAUAGCUUAUGUCAGAAGAUUUCCAAUGAUUCAGUUGGUUAUUUAUGUGCAAGAAAUAUUCGAUCACAUAUUUCACAGCACCUUGAAAAGAUACUUUUUUCGGUGUAUUCUACUGUUGCACAUUCUAGUGUAGAGCUAUCAUCUCGAAUUGUUCUACAAUAUCUUUUUGAUGUUCGUUUUUUGAAUGUUAUACUGCCAAAUGGUGAUAUGCGUCCUCUAAUUCCACUUUUAGAAGCAAAAUUAGAUCCGUUUGAUUUAAGUCUUGUCUCUGGUCCACUUGGAAAGAAUGCUCGAGUGGUAGCGCAGCGUCAUUCGAUUAUUUUUGCACAUUUGCUUUCGGAUGUAAUAAUUAACAAAGAGCUUUCAUUGAGUGCAUCUUUCUCGGCUGUUGUUGAUAUUAUACCUCGACUUAAUGAUACACCACGUCUUACACAUAUUCCACGUUUGACAAAAAAUACGAAGCUCGAUGAUGUGCAAUCCUCAGCUAGUAUAGCGGUUGUAAGAAAAAAAGAAUCAAAAACUCAACAGCAACAGCAAUUAGGAAAUAUCAAAGCUACACCAUCAUUCUCAUCAUUUUAUAAAAUUUCUACAAGCUGGUUUGGGAACAAUCAAAACUAA